UGAUAUUUGUUAUUGGGUACUUAACUGGAAAAGUAGAAAAUGUCUGAUGACCGAAUGAGUUUUUGUGAUAAUCUUACACAAGAAAAAGARAAAUUUGAAGACAAUAAAGAAAACUUUUUUGGUAUUAAAAAUGUCAUCAACAAUUCUAACUCAAAAAGUUGUAAAAUUAAGCAUUUAUAUGUAACUUAUAGUAGCGAAGACGAAAGAGACACCAGUUUCGAGAAAAUAUUUGAUUCACUAUUUUCAUGUGGUUCUUCUAAAAUUUUUCCAAAACCUUGUUCUAAAAAUGAAAAGAAAAAGAGUUCCCAAAAUAAAAGGUUUGAAGCUACUUGUUCUCUUCAAAAACAGGAAGAAAUUGAUUCAUAUUCGUUAACACAAAAGUCAAGUUUUGAAAAACUUCUAGAAAAGAUGUUAACGCCAACUAUAGACGUUCCGAGAAAACGAAAGAGAGAAAAUGUUAACUCCAUUGAUAAGAAAAUUCCAUCGGCUUUGCCCAUAACUGAAAAUGAUGAUGAUAACAUGUGUUUUGAGGCACUAAUGGAAAAAAUGUUGACUCCUGAUAAUUCUUUGCACGAACAACAARAAAUACAUGAAUGCAAAAAGAGAAAUGUCGAAGAAUCACAAAGAGAUUCUAAUUUAGAAAUAAGUAUGUCUCUGACUGGUAACGAACAAACUGAUGUUUGUGUAAAAAGUGAAGAACAAAAUGUUGAGAAUAUUAUCGAUAAUAUGGUGACACCACUAAACAAAAAACAAAAAACUGCGACUUGUAGUACACAAACAUCAUUUGAGAUUUUUACACCGAACUUGACUCAAAACUCUAAUUGUGAUGGAUAUUCGCAACUUCCGUAUUUUCCGUCACAAAGUUUUACAAAAACUGAAUUUAAUGAUACCUCAGUGGUAAAUAAGAAGAAGCAAUACGAUUUCCUUGUCACUUCACAAACUCUAAACGACAGUCAGAUUACUAACACUUCAGUUGUUUCGCGACGCUCUCCUAAUAGAAACAUGUGUACGACCUGUAUGGAUACCCAAAAAUCCGAAAAAAYGGUCAAUAUCCUCGAGAUUCUUUCUUACGACAUUACAGUCACAACCAGUGGCUUCAAAAUUUUUAAUAAUCUAGUCAAAGUGGGUACUGCAAAGUGGCUAGAUUCGGCGUUAACGCUCGGAAAAACAAUAAUAAAUAAAACAAAGAAGGAUGAAGUUAUUAUAAUGGAAGACCGGAAUAAUUACGAUUUAUAUAUUGACAAAACCGCAAAAAUAAGUAUGGAAUGUUUUACAAAAGAAAAUACUAAAAUUUGUAAAAUAAUUAAAAAUGGGAACAGGCCUGAAAUAGAUUUAUCUUACAUUUAUAGUGAAGACAAAACUGAAAACAUUUUCGUCAAAAAAUUAAAACUGUCGAUUGAAAACAUUUACGCAAAUAAAGAUUUGAUAAUAAGUUGCUGUGAAACACUUCAAGUGAUCGACAAGAAAAAAAUUAAAUCAAAAAUUCAAGAUAUUUUUGCAAAAAUAUAUGAAGCAUUUGACAAUGACCAAGUACCAUGUCUUGUUGUACGAAAUAGUAGCAAAGCGAGUAUGUGUGUUUUUGAAAACGAAAGAUUACACUAUGCGCCUUUGGAUGCAAGAAAAUUAAGAAAAAUACGUUUUCUUGCGCAAAAAUCUCGUCAACCAUUUUGCCGCAUAAUUUACAUGUUGGGAAAAAUCUACAGUUUGUUGGAAAAUAAGCAAAAACUGACCAAAAGAGAAAUUUAUUAUCAAAUCAAGCAUUUAGUAGGAAGUCAAACACAAGUAAAUAGUGUUGUUGAAGACAUAACUCGAUUGAUAGGUGUUGGGCCUUGGGAUUUGAAUAUUAUUUCGCAUUCUGGGUUAGUAUAUGGAAAUUUGAGAUUGUUUUGGACUUCUGGUGAAAUGACUAAUUGYAAUACACCAGCUACUUUAAUACCUUAUGAUCUUGAUGAAAUCGUUGAGAUUCAUUCUACCGCUUAUUUUAUACUUGUGGUCGAAAAAGAAUCGAUUUUUCACAAAUUAUUAGAAGAGGAUUUACCGAAUAAAUUAGCACGUCCGUUCAUAAUGAUAACGGGUAAAGGAGUUCCCGAUAUAAACACUCGCUUAUUUCUCAGAAAAAUAUCSACUAUGUUGUCACUACCAGUUUUCAUUCUUGUAGACGCAGAUGUAUAUGGAAUCCGAAUUAUGUUAAACUACAGAUUUGGAACUCUUGCGAAUUGUCAUUUAUCGGAUCAAUUAGCAGUACCAAAUGCUCGUUGGUUGGGAGUUUUCCCUUCCGAAAUCAACAAAUAUAGAAUUCAACACCAAGAKGUUCGCCAGAGGGAAAUAAAAGCAAUUAAUUCUUUACUGAAAUACCCAUACAUGAAAGAACACCCAAAAAUAUCCGACGAACUAAAAUUGCUUCUCAAUAGUGAGAAGAAGGCUUCGAUUGAGGGUUUAGUUAAAAACAAUACAUUUUUAAGUGAGGCGUAUCUUCCGAUGAAGUUUUUCAAUCAAGAUUUUAUUUAGACAUGGACAAGACAUUUAUCAGAUCAACACUUUUCAGGACUGAGCUUUUCUGACAUGUAUUCAUAUUCCGCGUGCAGGAUCCCUGUUCUUUCGUUUGAACCAUUUAAUUUGUAAUCGACUAAGGAGACUGUUUUUGGUGAGAAAAUUGAAUUUUUGUUUGAGGUAGUGUUUGGUUUUUUGGUCUCCAAAAUGUUGGUUGAGCUUUUUGUGAGAUCAAUCACUGAAACAUUUGCGUAUCUAUUGGUUGUUCCAACGUAGAUGACUGACUCUUCAGAUGAUCUUCCACCAAGGGCAGCGAGGCGACGUCUUGUUAUUUCUGAUUUUAUUUUUCGUUUUUUUAACUGUUUUCUUCGUUGUUUCCUGCAAUGUAAUUUAAAUGAGUGUCGACUUCUUCUCUUGUAGUGGAUUCUUUUACGUUUAAGUCCCUGUGAAAAGUCUAAUUAGUUUUAAGUAUGUUGUGCAAAUUAAAUCCUUACAAUUUGAUUCAUUGUUGUGUUUUAGUAUUCGUAAUAAUUUUGAUAAUUAAAUUGUCAAACUGAUUGAUGUUUUUAAAUGUAAGGUGUUCAAUAAAGCGUUUUUU